AAAUGGAACUUCAAUGCAUGCCUGCCUCCCUGGAACGCAACGUGCUGAAGGCAAGCUCUUUUUGCCCUGACUAAAGAUGGCUCCGUCGGCAACGAGAGCGGCGUUACGUGCGGCCAGAGGCGGGAAGCGUCCUGGUGGCCGGGCCCCUCCAGCGCUCGCUUUUGCUCUGUGAAAGGAGAAAUGGAGAAGUUUGCAAGCGCGGGCAGAGGCAAUGGCUUGCGCCUUUUGAAGGAGGCGAAGCCUGGGGAGCUCCUCUACCGCGCGGAGCCUUUCGCGUACACCGUCACCAAGAAGCGCCUGGGAGGCGUGUGCGAGCGCUGCCUGCGCAGGAAGGAACGGCUACUACGGUGUUCUCAAUGCAAAGUUGCAAGAUACUGUGAUGUACGUUGUCAGAAAGAAGCAUGGCAGGACCACAAACGGGAAUGCAAGUGCAUUAAGAGUACUGAGCCCAACUUUCCCCCAGACUCCGUGAGACUUGUUGGCAGGAUCAUUUUCAAAUUAUUAAGACAAUCAACAUGCCCAUCUGAAGAACUCUACUCUCUUUCUGAUCUGCAUUCAAAUGUUGAAGGGUUAAGUGAAGAAAUGAGAGAAGGCCUUGGGUACCUUGCAAGAACACUGGAGCUGUAUUUGAAGGUGGAAAUCCAUGAUGCUUCUCAGCUGCCAUCUGGCUUAGAUGUUUUUCAGAUCUUCGCAAAAGUGACUUGUAACUGUUUCAGCAUUAGUAACGGAGAGAUGCAGGAUGUUGGUGUUGGCCUUUAUCCGAGCAUGUCUUUACUGAACAACAGUUGUGAUCCAAACUGUGCAAUAGUCUUUGAGGGUCCUCAGCUCCAACUUCGCACAAUCCAGGAGAUUCAGAUGGGUGAAGAGCUCACCAUUAGCUAUAUUGAAACAAUGAUGCCCAGCAUGGACCGUCAGCAACAUCUGCAGCGCCAAUAUUGUUUUGUAUGUGACUGCCCUAUGUGCUGCACACAAAGCAAGGAUGCUGACAUGUUGGCAGGUGAUGAGGAGGCUUGGAAAGAAGCCAAAGAAUUUUUAAAUAAAACAGCUGCAAAGUCACAAGAAGAAUGGGAACAGGUUCUGGAGAUAUGCCAGGCGUUACUAAAGAAGAAUACCACUCGUCUCCCAGAUACAAACAUCUACCAGCUAAAAGUACUUGACCUUGCCAUGGAUGCCUGCAUAAACCUUGGUCUUUUGGAGGAAGGUUUGCUUUAUGGGAACAGAACUUUGGAGCCCUACAGGUUUUAUUAUUCUGGCUUCCAUCCUUUGAAGGCUGUCCAGAUGAUGAGAGUGGCUAAACUGCAGUACAGCCAAGACAUGUUUCCACAGGCCCUGGAAACUUUGAAGCAGGCUUUUGAUAUUAUGAAAGUGACCCAUGGGGCAGAGCAUAGCCUAGUGCAAGACUUGAUGAUGCUUAAGGAAGACUGUGAGGCUGGCAUGACUUUUGCGUGAGGAAGGCCUCUAAAGCUGAAAAAAGACUGCUCUUCAUGAGAAGAAGAUGCAGAAGAUAAAUGUCUAUGACAGCCUAUGUGGCCGUUAAAUAGCCAAUCGUGUACCUCAGAUCCCACUGAUCAGAGUCCCCACACAAGAAGAUUCUGUUUGCUUUGUUAUAUAAUGUCUGUGUUAUUACUUCUAAUUCUCUAAGUGAUGUUUCUCACUAGUUGAGCCAUUCCAGCAGAGGUAUGCCUCCUGCAAAACCAGCAUGUUAGCAAUUACUGGUAAAGGUACAAUUUAAUAUUAAAUACAUAGAGUGUGCUAAUUUGUGGAAAUAAUUCUAUCGUUGAUAGUGGCUGACAUUCUGAUUAAUGCAGCAUGUGGGCAGCAAAGGAAACACAUGUGUGCAGCUGCUACAUUCCAGUAAAGCAGUGCAACUACUUGUGUGGGUGGGUGCAGUUUUUGCCAAUCUCUCCUUCCCUCAGAAGUGCUCUAUACCACCCAAAAAUAUAUCUCUGAGGGGCUGUGCUGUAGGGGUGUGGACAAAACCAGCUGGCCCGGUUCAGUUUGAGUCCAAACUGGACAUGAACUGGACCGGGCCAAUUUGGUUCUGCAUACAGAACACACACUCACACACAUGUUCGGUUGAGUUUGGCGCGGUUCGUGACCCUUUAAAAAAAUUAUUGUUGCACUUGCCUUUUCUGGGGCGCUUCUCCAAGGCCACGGGGGGGGGGUCGACGGAGGUUCCUCCUCCCCCGCCGGCCUCCAUUAUGCUCCAAAUCUCCUGUUCUGGACCUCACCUCCAUCGCGGUGGUCAUUUUGAUGGCCACGCAUGCCAAAUAGGUCUCUGUCGAACCUGUUUGACAUUGAACCUUUUCACACAUCCUUACUGUGCUGUUUCAGAAGGAAGGGGAAAUGGGCAAAAAUCUUCCUUGCACACGUGGCCACACUACUUUGCUCUUGAAUGCAGCAGCUACACUUGUGCUUUCUUUGCUGCCCAAGCACUGUGUUAGGAUGCCAACCAGUUUGUUUGUAAGGUGCCCCACUUUGUCCUGGUCUAUAGUAUUAGAUGAACAUAAACUAAAACUCAGAGGUCCAAAUACUUCUAAACAUUGGAAGCAUUUUGACUCAACUUCACAACUAACAGGAUCUUUUCAGCAUUGGUUCCUGCUAUCCCAUGUUUUACUGUUUCCAGACAUGGAGUGACCUGUUGUAGAAUUCCCGCAUUUACAUUUUUUGAAAAGGUGGUUCUGUUUGGAAUGUCUGCCAUUAAUGUGUGUUAAAAAAUCUAACCUGCCAUUAGGGGGUUAAUUACAUUUGAACACACAACUUGGAUCUGAUAUUCUACAGCUUUUCCACUGAAUCAUCUGAAUAAUGCAGAUUUUACUCUAUUUUAGCCAAUUAAAGAUUGUCCUGGGAUAACAUUUUUGCUCUGUUGAAUAAAAUGAGAUAACCAUUGUAGUAAGGGUUCUAAUCUACAUUGUUAUUCAAGGAGUCAAUGUUCAGCCAUGCAUUGUUACCCAUGUUUCAUGUGCACAUGCUUUGGAAAACUGCUAGGCAGUUCUCACCUUUUCUGAUCCACAUGUAUUCAUAGCUGUACAUUCAUAACCACCAGACCUCCUUGAAUCAAGAAACUACCUUAUACCAGUUUAGAGCCAUAGUUAGUCUGCCUCUGGCAACAGCUUUCUAAAAUUUGAGACAUAGAUCCUUCCUAGCACUGCCACUUGACUAUCUUGAACAGGACAAUCUAGAGAUUUGAGGUGGGGCUUUGUAGAGGACUAGAAGUGGCAUCCUAGAGUCCAAGAAUCUUAUUGGCACAAGACAUUGCACUAUAAAACAAAAGAUAGUAAUGCCAAGACAGUAUGUUCCUACUUCAAAUCAAGGCCAGCUUCAGGUUAGGAGGACCCAGACAAGGAGACCUCUGGUGGACUUCCUACUGGGUCGGCCCCCUUCUCUUACCAUAGUGGCAGAAGAGGAUUUCACUUAUUCUUGGCAGACCAGCAGUAGCAGCAGCAGCGUUCUGUUGGGAAUGCUAUUGGGAACUGUGGGAGGAAAAAGAUGGCAGGCAGUAGCCAUUUGCUAGGGUGCUGUUGUUUCUGCUAUGUGGGGCACUGUGAGUGGGGGGAAACAUGGCAAGCAGCAGCCCCAGCAGAAUACUGUUGUUGAUGAUGUUGCUGUUGUUGCCGGCCCACCAAGAAUGAAAUAGCCUUGCAUCUACAGCUAUGUGAGGGAAGUGGGCCCAGCCAGCCAGCAGUUACCUCUUGCUAGUUCGGCUCAGUCAUCCAAGGGAUCAGGGCAGGUUCCAGCAGUGGCCUUUUGGCAGCUGCUCAGGGUGCCUUGUGCCGAGACUGGCCCUGCUUCAAACAGCAACUUUUGUGUGUACUAGUUUCCUCUCCCCACCCCUUUGUUCACUUCUCAGAAAAGUCUUUGAGCAUACACAGGGACAGGUGGGAGAGGGGAGGCAGAUUAAGAGAUCACUUCAGCUCCUAGUCACCAAAAGAACAAAAUCAUUUCUUGGAAAGACGAAGACUUGCUGCUGAGUGAGAUGUUUAGCCAAUCCUAUCUGUCACCUUUUGUUUUUAAC